AUGGCUGAAAGUUUGUUACUUAAUGUUAGUAAUCAAUGUGUUUUAAAUAUUAAAGCUGAAACAGAUCUUGAAAGAUUUUUUCACCGUAAACAUUCUUGUACAACAUUAAAUAAAUUUGAUCAUUUAAUUGAAACAAAAUAUAGUAAAGAAAAUUUUGAAAAUAAACAAUAUUAUCUUAGAAAACAUAAAACAAUAUUUAAACAUUAUAUUUAUGGUGGAUUAAAUUUUUUAUGUAAAAGUUAUAAUAAUUAUACUAUUAAAAGUGAAAAACUUUCUAAAAUGGAACAAUUAGGUAUUAAUAUUUUUGAGAUUCUUUUUAAUACAACAAGUGUUAAUUUAAAACGUUUUUGUGAUUUUCCUAGAGAACAUCAUAAAGAUAAAUGUGAUAUAGAUUUAGAUAACCAAUUAUUUUAUGGUACUUAUGGUUUCAAAAUAUGUUCAGAUGGAAAUAUUAGAACAUUUUUUGCAACAUGGCCUGUUUUUUCUAUUGUUUAUAGUGCAUUUAUGCAAAAAAAUAAUACAGAUAUUAUAGAAGCUUUAUCUGGUAAAAAUUAUCCAUUUUUAAGUGAUUCUUCAAUAGAAAUGUUAUAUAAUCUUGUUGCAUAUGAUGAAUAUACAGUUUACCAUAGAAGAAAUAUAAAAUAUCAAAGUAUUAUUAAACAUUUAAGAGAAGCUCGUCAAAUGUUAGCAUCAUCAUUUAUACUUGAUUCAUUUUCUUUAACAGCUCUCCAAACUCAUAAAAUGUUUUCUGGUAAUUGUCGUUUUAUUCAUAAAUCUGAAGAAGUUGGUUCAACAAUUGUUGAUUGUAAUAAAGAAAGAACUAGUAAUGAAAAUAUAGACAAAAAUAUGUUUAACAUUUUUGUAGAAUAUUAUAUUUUUAGUACAAUAAUAGUAGUUAUACUUAUAAUAAUUGGACUUUUUAUUAAUUGUUACUUUGCUGUUUUAUUAAAAGAUUGUUGGAAAAAAUUAAAUUGUGAAAAUAAAAUAUUAAUGACAAGUUUUGUUAUUGCAUAUUUAAUAUUUUUGGCUGUAAAAUUUUUUCAUUACCUUAGACCAUAUUUUUAUGGUGAUUUUAUGGAAAAAAAAUUUAUUAAACAUACAGAAACUUAUCCAGGUAUAAGUAUGGUUAAUAAAACAUAUAGUCUUCUUACAUGGACAAUAUUAUAUACAUUUAAAGAGACAGGUUUAAUAGUAGCAAUUGAAGAAACAAUAUUUAGAAGUAUGAAUAAAUUAACAUGUAUUAUUGGUUUUGUAAUUAUGAUUAAUACAUUUGCUGAUAUGCUUUUUAGAUUAAAAAAUAAAAAAGAAAAAAUAAGAAGAAUGUCUUAUUUUAAAUUAUCAUCAACAGUUAUAGUAUCAUAUCUUCUUGGAAUAUGUAUAUUAAUUUUAGUUGUAGUAUCAAGUAUAUUUACAUAUAAUUCAAUGAAUGAAAUUUCAGAAAUUGUUCAUAAAAUGCAGGUAGAAAAAUUUGCAUAUCUUGAAAUUUGUAAAUAUUCAAAUUCAUUUAAUGAAGGUAAAAAAGGAAUGAAUAUGUAUUCGUGGACAUCAUUUAGUUUUUUACUAAUUUAUACAUUAUUAACAAUAUUCUUUUUAUUAUAUUAUAAACUUGAACAAAAAACAACAAAUAUUGAACUUACUUUUUCUAAUAUUCAAAAUCUUAAAUCAACAGUUUAUUCAUUAGUUGGUGGUUAUAUAACAUAUAUAAUAGCUAAUGGAUAUCUUGAUUUUAAAAAUAUUCAUUAUUUAAUGGGAUCAAAUGGUGAAGGAAGUGAUUAUGAUAGAACAUUUGAAAUAGCUCAACAUACAAUGCUAUAUCAAAUAUUUUCAAUUUUAUUAUUAAUUAAUCCAAUUAUCCAACCAAUUUUAAUUAUUCUACGAUUAACUGAAAUGAAAAAACAACACUGUAUUUAUUGGAAUCGAUUUUGGGAAAUUGGACUUUCAGAAAAUAUAACAAAUAUGUUAUGGUAUCCAGUUGUAAAAAUUUAUUUAUUUUUUAAAUAUUUAAAUUGUCGAAAAUGUCAAAGUAAUAUAAAAAAUACUAAAAUUAGAAAGAAUCAUACUGUUUUUUCAAUGGAAAAAAAGUUCCCCAGAUAUCCAACUUUUACAGCAUCAUUAAAAAAAAAUAUUGAAGAUAAUACUCAGUUAUAA